GGCAUCGUUUUUCCCUGGGCUUGUAACAUGAGUAUACACUAAAUACAUCAUUGUUUUUUCAAGUUCGUGGAAAUUUUGCAGGUGUGGAAGUGUUUAUGUUACCUUGUACUGUGUCAUUAAGAGGUUAUCAUUUUCCUCUCUAUAUAUUUCUGGGUUAUCAUCUGCUUAGUGGGUUGUCAUGAGACAGUGCAGAUACAUUAUUUUAAUUAAUAGUUCAAACAGAGCUGCUUAUCAAAUGUUCAGUAUAAAAUGAAUUGCACUGGGAAAGUGUUGUCAUUUCAUUUUUAAAAAAUGAUUCGCUAUUUGAUCCUCCUUAGUUGCCUGGGGGCAAUUUCUGGAAGCCCUUUGGACUAUGAGUUUCACAAUGAGCGAGUAAUAGGAGGACAUGAGGCACAGCGAAACCGCUGGAAGUGGCAGGUGUCCCUCCAAAUAGCCGAUGCAUACUAUCCUGACUAUUAUUCUCAUAUCUGUGGUGGGACCCUUGUUAGUCCCAACUGGGUCAUGACUGCUGCCCACUGUAUCCAAAUGCCAAAUGGAGGAAGAUACCAAGUGGCUCUGGGCGAGCACGAUCUCUCUGAGUUGGAUGGCACUGAAUAUUUUGUUAGUGUGGACAAAAUAUUUAUUCAUGAAGCCUGGAACCCCUAUGAUCUAGGGAACGGAAAUGACAUUGCCUUGCUGCAUCUCUCUUCACCGGCACAUAAUAACGGCUUUGUUGAGACAGGAAGGCUUCCAUCUGAAGGCGACAUUUUGCCUAAUAAUUUCCCAUGUUAUAUUACUGGAUGGGGAGUGUCUAGCGCUGGUGGCAGUGCACCUGCCAGACUUCAAGAAGCGAUGCUCCCAGUGGUUGACCACGCCAUCUGCUCUCAGCCUAACUGGUGGGGCUCUAGUGCAAAGGUUAUCAUGGUGUGUGCUGGUGGAGAUGGCGUGAAGUCCGGGUGCAGUGGUGAUUCAGGGGGCCCUUUGCAGUGUUACAAGGAUGGUUUAUGGCAAAUCCAUGGGAUUGUUAGUUUUGGAAUUAUCCCCUACUGCAACACCUACCAGAAGCCUACAGUCUUCACACGGGUAUCUGCUUUUAUCCCCUGGCUCUAUGACGUAAGUUCCUCCAAAUGUAAGGAUAAUGCUUGUAAGAUGUGCUCUGUAUUAGACAAGAUGGAUGUUCUAAACCAUUAUGAAUAAAAACAGGACAACCAUUUAUUACAGAAGAUGGCUGUCUCUGCAAUGCAUCCCUCACCUAGUAAAACAGGCCCUGGAGAGCUAACCUUCAAAGGGUUAAAUGGCGUCUUACCUGCACUCACGAGUUAGAGUUGACAGGAGACAACCCAGUGGAUUCAGUUGAAGUAACUUACCCUUUAGUUGGAAAGUGCCCAUGAAGAACCUGAACACAGUAUAUUUGGAAAGUUGGAAAGUUGUCUUAUUAUCAGGUUUUUAGCCCUGCUUCAGCUGCAUGUGGAAGCCUGGUGGAAUUAGCCAGCUAGGAAUUCCCUUCAUAUGGGCAAACCCCUUGCUGGUAUAAAGAGACCAUAGCUAGUCAUCUCAUUUUGGCGUCCCUCAGUUCUCUGGCACAGGGGACAUGCCCAGGACAUGAUGACGGGCGAAGAGUACAAGGCUAAUGUCCUGAGGCAAUUCCCAGCAUGUAGACAGCCACAGAGCUGCUCUAAUUUGCUCCAGGAAUUGAACCAGAUUCUCCAGAUCCAGUACAAAGUGAGUCACAUUUGCCCCACUUUCCUGAACUGUGCUGAAUGGAGAGAUCUGGCAACGUUGAGGACUGGUCUAGCAUUUGUAUCCAGCCAUUUAAAAACAAUGUGAGAAGAAAACAAUAUAUUCUGUAUUGAACCUGUUCUUUGUUGU